AUGUCUAGAACUCCUACACGAGUAAUGGUGAUUUCCAACACUCACGAACAUUGCCUCAAUGGAGCGAACAUGCCCGAGGUAGAUAUUCUCCUUCAUACGGGCGAUUUGACCAAUUUCGGUGAAUUGGAGGCCUUGAAAGAGUCCGUCAAGAUGAUGGGUACUAUCGAGGCCGAGUUAAAAUUGGUUAUUGCCGGGAAUCAUGAAAUAUCACUUGGUGCGCAAAACCGAGUAGAGAACAUGUCUGACGAAGAGUAUUCCGAAUAUCAUCAUUCCGCCAUCGAAAUCAUGACAGGUCAAUUGGCGAAAGAUGCUGGUGUUGUCUAUCUUAAGGAAGGUACUCAUACAUUCUCACUUAAGAAUGGUGCUAAAUUCACAGUAUACGCCUCACCCUACACUUGCGGAUCUAUGGGCUUCCAAUACCAGAUAAAUGAAGACCGUUUUAAUGACGCAACCCAAGUCGCUCCAGGCCAAAUUUCAAUUGCCACCAAUCCUAUUCCUGAAGGUGUUGAUAUCGUCAUGACUCACGGUCCUCCGCAUACGAUUCUGGACCAGGUUUAUGGCUCUUAUAAAGGCUGUCGUAAUCUUCUCCGGGCUCCAGAUGGUAGCGUAAAGGAUCCAUCAUCAGCUACACCGAUGGAGACAGAACAAGUUAAUGAGUAUCCAUAUACAAAUGAGUGGCCAAUCCAAUCUGGAAAACAAACACUUAUGGUAAAUGCGGCGAUCAUGAUGAACACUGCAAAGGGAAUGCGUCCAAAUUACAAGCCCUUCGUGGUAUCACUCAAUCUUCCUUGCGAUCGUUGA